AUGGGUGACCUAUGGGUACUUCUGCUUUUGCCUCUGUCCCUGGCAGCCUUUCAUGGGGUCAAAGGCUGUUUGGAGUGUGACCCCAAAUUCAUAGAGGAUGUUAGGACCUUGUUGGGAAAGCUGGUACCUGUAGAAGUUCCUGGGAGAACUCAACUGCUUGACAGGCAGCAUCAGGAGAUAACCCACUUAAGCUCCAAAGUCUCCCACAAGGAUAAGACGCUUCGGUUGUUGGAUGUUCGAAAUGUUGUCAAAUGGAGAGUAUGGCUCAAGGGGGAACUUUAUAAACUGGGCAAUGAAACAUGGAAAGGUGUCUUUAUCACCCAAGGCAAGUUUCUUAGUGUUCGCCAACACCUGGAAUCCCAACUGAAAGAAACGCUGAAGAACUUCGCUGCAAUUGCUUGUUCAGAAGAUUGCAUUGUAACUGAAGGUCCUGUCCUUGACUGUUGGACCUGUCUUCGCAUGACCACUCGAUGUUUCAGAGGAGACUAUUGUAAAGAUGAGAAUCCAAAGAAGGCUGAAAAUCGAGAGAUUGCGCUGUAUCUGGUAUUGAUAGCAGAAGCUGUAAUAUUGGCAAGUGCUGUGUUACUAUUCCAUUUUUGUAUCUCACAUCGGAGAAAAAUGAAGGUAAUACGAAGGACACUGAAGACAUAUUUGGAGAAGAAACUUGAAGAAUUAGUGGGGGUGGUAGAUACAGAUGAUGAGCAAAAGGAUUUGGAGACCCUGAAAUCAAGUUCGCAGUCUCAGACAGGAAAUCCUUCAAGUGUUGAGUCAGAGUUGCAAACUGGGACUUGA